GAGAGAGAGAGCUAGAGAGAGAGAUGGAAAGUGGAUGGAGAGGGCAGGCUUUCACUCAUAGGAGGAACAUUUGGUGCAGUGCUGAAACUUCUUCCCCAAACCCAGCUUCUUCUUCUGCCUAGAGCUCACCAAGGCUAUGGCCACAGGGCACCUAUGAGAAGGUGACCGCAGACACUGACAAGAGGACUCUGUCUCCACUAACCUCCGGUGCACAAUUGGAGUUUGGUACUUCAGUAUCAUGGGUUGCAAAACCAGAUCCAUGCAUUGUGUCUUGCGGUGUCUGUGCUUCAUGCUCCUUCACUUGUCUUGUACAGCACAAGAUGAGGACAUGAGAUUCAGUUGUAAAACUGUUGCAAGCGAUUUGGUCUUUAUCCUAGACGGCUCGUGGAGUGUAGCUGAUGUGAACUUUGAAAUAGUCAAGCGAUGGCUUGUCAACAUCACCACAAGCUUUAACAUCGGCCAGAAGUUCACCCAGGUCGGAGUGGUCCAAUACAGCGAUGAUCCAAUCAUAAAUAUCCCGUUAGGGAAGCACCUUCGUAGCAAGGAUCUCAUCAGAGCCAUGGAAUCCAUCGAUUACAUGGGGGGAAACACAAGGACUGGGACGGCCAUACAGUUUGCCAGCGACAAACUGUUUAACCUGUCUGAACGAGGCCCAAAGGGCGUUGCUAGAAUCGCUGUGGUCCUAACAGACGGAAAGUCACAAGAUGAGGUGAAAGCAUCAGCAGAGGAAGCCAGGAGAAGAGGAAUAAUCAUCUUUGCUAUUGGUGUGGGAUCCGAGACGGAAGAGGAGGAGUUGAACGCUAUUGGAAACAAGCCUUCAUCCAACUACGUGUUUUAUGUCCAUGACUAUAAAGCUAUUUCCAAGAUCCGUGAGACCAUAAGGCAGAAGUUGUGUGAAGAGACUGUUUGUCCAAGCAGAAUCCCAGUCGAUAACGGUGAUGUGAAGGGCUUCGAUAUUCUACGGUAUCUGGAUUUGGCCAAAAAAGUAAAAAAAACUCAAGGGUCUUUUUAUGGCGCCAAGGCCUUUCAGGUGACAUCUCGUGUUGACCUGAGUGAAAGCACAAAAAACUUGUUUCCAGAUGGCCUGCCUCCCUCCUAUGUCUUUGUGUCCACACUAAGGUACAAGGGGUCUCUGCUCAGGGAGGAGUGGGACCUUUGGAGGAUACAGACCAAUGAUGGGAAACCACAAAUGGCAGUCACACUAAAUGGAUUUGAACGCAAUAUCAUUUUCACCACAACCAGUGUAGCACCAAGUGGUACUCAGAAAGUGGUCUUCCAACAAGGACCAGCCAAGAAACUAUUUGAUGAGAACUGGCACCAGUUUAGGCUACUGGUCACUGAGCAGGAUGUUAUCCUGUAUGUUGAUGACCUGGAAAUUGAAACCCUGCCGUUGGAACCUCCUGUUGGUAUCUUCAUUAAUGGAAAGACCCAGAUCGGAAAGUAUGUCAGCAAAGAGACAACUGUACCAUUUGAGAUCAUGAAACUCAGGAUCUACUGUGACCCCGAGCAGAACAACCGUGAGACUGCCUGUGAAAUACCUGGAGUUGACGGAGAGUGCUCCAACGGCCCUGGUGAUAUCGACGUGGACCCCACUCCAGAACCCUGUACCUGUGCUCCCGGACUCCCUGGCCUUCCAGGCAUGAAGGGGGAAGCAGGGACAAUGGGAAGGCCCGGUCAAGCUGGUACUGCUGGUACUGCUGGUAAGCCUGGCAUCCCUGGCAACCGAGGGAUUCCUGGGCCACAGGGUCCAACUGGGACAGAGGGGCGACGUGGGGUUGAUGGUAACAAGGGAGAACAAGGACGGCCUGGUGAUUCGGGUGAAAGAGGGGUUCCGGGAUUACCUGGGCCAUCGGGCCAAGCAGGUGAAAAGGGCUCUUUAGGUCUUUCAGGGAUACCAGGACUUGCCGGCAAAGAUGGCCAAGUGGGAGAAAAAGGAGGCAGGGGACACGCUGGGCCAGCAGGACAUCCAGGAGAACCAGGUUUACCUGGAAGAGAUGGAAAGAAUGGACUUCCAGGACGAAUCGGUCAAAAGGGAGAAGUUGGAGCAGCUGGCAUACCUGGUCUAGACGGAAGGGAGGGCCAUCUUGGUAUGCCUGGCGUGCCUGGAAACGUGGGCCAGAGUGGAACUAAGGGUGAAGCUGGUUCGUCAGGACUGAAGGGUGCCAAAGGUUCAACUGGAACAUCUGGUGAUAAUGGCUUUCCUGGUGAACCUGGAUCAUCAGGGCAACCUGGACCUAAGGGCAACAAAGGUGAAAGUGGACUGCCAGGUCAACCAGGGGUUUCAGGACCAGAGGGCAAGUCAGGUGACCCUGGAAUAGCAGGUCAGCCAGGACACCCAGGAAUGCCAGGCUUGACAGGACCUAAGGGACAAAGGGGAGAUCCAGGUGAACGAGGAGGGGAGGGAUUGAGAGGUGAAAAGGGAGAUAUGGGGAUUCCAGGGAAUCAUGGCUCUAAUGGCUCAUCGGGACAAAAAGGGGGGAAAGGGACAACAGGAGACCCUGGUCAGAGGGGACUGGAAGGUCACCAAGGCCAGCCAGGAUUAUCAGGGCAGACAGGCCCGUCUGGGCCUCGAGGACAGAGCGGUGAAGUUGGCCCUCCUGGGCCACCUGGACUAGAGGGUAGACCUGGAAGGGAGAUGUCCAAGCAAAUCAUUCAGCAAAUAUGCAGAGAGGUACUUAGAUUGGAGAUGCCUUCGCUACUCCUCAGUAACCAGCAGCAGAGUAACUGUGACCACUGCCAAAGCAGGGAUGGGACUCCGGGGGCACCAGGCCCAGUUGGGCCCCAGGGAUCGAGGGGCUUUACUGGGAACCCUGGUUCCAUUGGACAGCCGGGCCAUCCAGGUCGACCUGGGCGUCCUGGGAUGUAUGGCUUGAAGGGAGAUCCAGGAAUAAAGGGGGAGAAGGGGAAUCAAGGAAGAGCAGAGAUCGGAGAUCCAGGAACAUCAGGGCCUCCAGGUCCAAUGGGUCCUCAGGGAGAUAGUAAACCAGGUCAUCCAGGGAAACCAGGACCCCCUGGCCUAAACGGGGAGGAGGGGAAGAGAGGUAACCCUGGGGUCCCGGGCCAGCCAGGGGUGUGCCAUCUAUCCAUGUGUUACGGUGUCAUGAUGAGGAGCAGGGAUCCUUUUAGUAAAGGACCAAACUAUUGACCCAACAUGGCAGCAGGCAGGCAAUCAAACAGUCUGGAGUUGAUGCAUAGCGCUCAAAGAAAAACAGCAAAUCUUUCCAAUCUCAGGAAGAUCACAUUUUUUACAGUGUUUCCCCUCAGUCACGGAAACAGGAAGUACCUCUUAACAUGUACGGUAUAUAGUAAAGAUAUCCAUGUGCGUCCUUUCAUGAGCUUUCUCAAGCCCUGUGUAUACCUGGUUCUAACAUGCGUCCUUUGUCCUGAUCUUGUCUAAAUUCUGGUUGUGCCCACAUUUUUAGACAGGUGUAGACGAUUAAAAGAUGCAUUGUGAUAUGAUUGUGCUCAGAUCUUCCUGACCCCCUUAGAUAGCCAGGAACACAUUGUGUCUGGAUAUCUUACAAGUGUAGAUGGAUCUGGACAGUGAAACCCUUUAAAUCAUCAUUAUCCCGCCCUC